AUGACUCCUUCAAAGACUACGAUAUCCUGCGAUGGCCAAGACAUGGAUGAGGCCCGAUCCGCAUCUGCUCUCCUCUCUUCUCCUCUUUCAACUCCCCGCACGACAAGUCCUGAGCUGGUCUCAAUUCAGUCGCUGGCCGACCAAAACCCGACACCACUCAGCAUGAUGGACGAUUCAUGUUUCCUCGAUAUUGACAAGUUCAUCUCGACUGGUCUCGAAGCGGGCAGUGUUAGUGCUCCAGCUAGUGUCGACAAGACUGCAGCACCCUCCAGCCAAUCACCAUUGAAUUCGGCGGGGUCGCCCACUAGACUUGCAGACCCCAGCACCCAAGGCCAGCACAGCGCAGAUCUUCCAGGGCAUAAAGAGACUGCAGAUGACGGCAACGCCGAGCAGACACGUGCCGCUGAUGAUGGUAAAGUCCCUUGUUCAAUUGGGGAGAAUUCCGAUUUACAUCAAACUCUAGAUGGAAACCCGAGCGAAAAGUCUCCAGCAAUUAGCGAAACAAGUCAGCCAGAAGACGGUGCUUCGCAAGCGCACCCAAAAGUUAAUUCACCGUCUGCUUUAAAUACGACAGGCCUGGCUGCCCAAAAUAGCAACGCCCCAUCAAACGCCGCCGACCCUGCUCUUGGUUUCAGGGGCCCUCAUUCCGAUCAGCACGAGUAUCAAAUAGAUAGUUCGACCAGCUAUCAGCAAUACGAGACUGCUCCAGCUCCAGCUCCAGCGCCCACAGGGCCCUCAUCAGUGGGAGCGCGCCCUGCACCAGGGAAAGCCACAGCACCCGCACAGGCAAGUAGUCACUGCAGUGCUACGCAAAGCGCCACCCAGGCCAUGUCCAGCACGGCCUCCACUAGCAGCGAUUCUGUCCCCCCUGGGCAUCAAAGACACCGCAACACUCAUUCCUCACAAGACAACGACCUCUCUCCCUCACGCAACACAUCCCUUUCUUCACGACUAAGUGGUAUCCGAGUCGAUACGAAUUUUGUCAGGCCGACGCCAAGGCCAAUCGUUCGCACCGCUCCCGAUUCGCCAUCCCUUAAUAUCAAACAUCCAACUCCCGACAUUACCUCCCAGGCUCGAUCUGGAGCGUACGUUGGCAACAUCGCACAACUCGAAGCGACCGCCGAACGGCUGUCUAUGACAAGUUCCAUCGACGAUGCGAUACGAGAUUUACAUACUGAACUAAAGCGAUCCGAUAGUCGGCGUUCCUCGAUACUUGCUGCCAGCCUCAAAGCCUCAGGGUCCAUUGACGAUUACACUAAUAAUCCCGGUUCCGCUGUUGAACAAUUAAGACGACAUCCCUCUAUCGCUUCUUCCAUCGUAUCAACGAAUAACGCUGCACGCCACGGUGGUUAUUCUCCUGGCGGAUACGUCCUUUCCCCGAACCACUCUUUUACUGGGCGACUUAGAUCAGGGUCCAAAAAUUCGGCAGGCCGACCAGACUUUGACCUCGAUUCUGUCUUGUCACGACACGGCCCAGGCAAGGCAUCUAUCAGAAGUGUUCGCUCUACCAAGCAAUCGCUUGCAGAGAUUUCAGAAUCCGAGCCUAUUGCCCUGACACAGGACGUUCUCGACAUGGCUGACAAAACCCCUGUCAAGAACCCCGAGGGUGAAUCCCUAUUGCCCGAGGAGCUCCGCGACGCCAAUAUGCCCGCUACCGAUGUUUUCCAGAACAUGAUGGGGGAUGACAACUUCAUGGAAUCCAGGAACGAGCAUCUACAUGUCAAAGCACACACUGGUCUACCGACCGAACAGGAGUCCCGAGAUCCCAAGCGGCCUGGAAGCUCGCACUCAGACACGACUUUCCAACAAUGUCAAGAUGCGUUUGGUGAUUUUGAUGGUGUUCACUGGGUUCCCGAUCAAGAUGACCCUUACGCUCUUCCGGACGACCUUGAACCUCAACCACAACAUUCAGCAGCCCAUCGACCUGCACCUCGUCCUGACAUCAGACCGCAAUCUUAUAUGGACCCUGAGUCGGGUCAACAAAUGCUCUACUACCCAGCUCGUGUACCUGCUAUGCUCAACCUGCCUCCCAAGCUCUCGAACAAGCCCAAGGCCAGCGAAAGGAACAAGCGACGAUCCCAGGUGAUGAGCGCUAUGCUUGAUGGUGGGAGAAAAUCACAAGCUAUGGAUGCCAAUAUCCCUGCUCCGGAGCGAGAUACUACCAGGGACUCGUGGCUGCCCGAUCCCCUCGCUGGUCAUCGAGCAUCAUUCGUUGCCUUGUCUUCUGACGAGCUCAGAGAGCUUGGUCAACAGCCCGACCCAGGUCAUCCUGUGCUUCCAGAGCAGACGGCCGCCCCUGCUGUGCAACCAGUCGAAGCACCGGUUGAAACCUUGAGACGUCCUCAAAAGCUCCGAAAGAACCCUGAUGAGCGAAAGUCGAGAAUGUCCAACCUGCCACCGCAACUGAGAGCCAGUGCUUACUUCGAUCUCCCCGACAACACACAGCCAGAUAUCGAAGUCAAGGAUGGCUCAGCGAUGGCCACUCUCGAGAGCAUCCUGGACGCUUCUGCCAAUGCCCCUGUUAGUGCAUUCACCGAUCAUGAGCGUGCUGGUAGACUUGGCAAGGAAGUUUAUGGUCCAGAGAAGAAACGGGCAUCUGUUGCUGCAUCCGUUGCUCUUCAACCCGAGGGUGACAAGAAACAUGCCAGAAAACGGUCUUCUUUCAUGUGGCUUGGCAAGCGUCACAGUCACGUCAGUGAUGACAACAAGGACCAAAAGGCUCACUCAGAGGCUGGUUUGGGACCAGUCAACGCUGACACGAACGCUGGUGAGAACGAUGGCUUGGCCCGCAGCGUAGAUGGUCGCAACGAUGGACACAGUGAGGAUGAGGCUGCGGAGGAUGCCGAAGAUGCCACUGAUGAAGAAGCAUACAAUGGACCUCCGACAACACUACUGGCCGAACUACAACUACGUAAACAACAGCAGAAGGAGCGUACCCAACGAACAUUCCCAGGUGGUAUGCACGCUACGUUACUGGAGAUGGACGCAGUUGCCGAGACGCAGAAGAAAGCAAGGAAUAACAAGCGUAUCAACUUGGCCUGGGAAGAGGGCGCAGCACAGCCUGUUGAUGAAGAUUCUGACGAUGAGGACAUCCCCUUGGCUGUCAUCGCGGCACGUAACCAGGGUGCAAAGAAUGUUAUGGAUUUGAACCGCCCCAUCGGUUUGAUGGAGCGUCGUGAGAUUGAGGAGAACGAACCUCUCAGCCACCGCCGAGCUCGUCUUCAUGGCCAGGAUCCUCGAUCCAUGGUCCUCACCAACCGACCUAGCAUGAAUAACCUCAGCGCCAAUUAUCUUCCUACGACACCUCACUCUGCACAUCACUCAGUGCAGAACGCAUCCACUGUGCCGGAUGAUGAAUUCGAAGGCGAAACACUUGCGGACAGGAAACGGCGCCUUGCUGCCAAGGAAGAGGCCGAAAAUCUUUUGCCCAAAGCACGACCUGUCAGUGGAGCCUUCUCUGUUGAGCUUCUCAAUCAGUUUGAGGACCCCGAAGAGAAGAAAAACAAGGAAGAGGAGGAGAACAAGCCCAAGACAGGCGAAGAGGAAACUUUGGGGCAGCGUCGCCGUCGCUUGCAAGCUGAGCGCGAGGCCCGUGAACGAGAGAUGAGCUUCAACCAGUUGAACAGUCCACAGGAACCGGAGGCGCCAAUUCCUGGUGUCAAUGGCCGAAUGCACCAAAUGUCGAGCGUUCUUUCUGCUCAUCCCAAGAGGGAAGUCAAUGAGGCUAUGGCUGAGCGUGAGCGUCUCGAGCGUGAGAGAAGACUGGUUAGAGAAGGCAACGCCAAGAUGGCUGCCUAUAGAAACCAGAUGCCUCAGGCUCUAGGAGUUGCAGGCAAUGCUCAUUCUGGUGGCUACCGUGGGGGCACUUUCAACAACGGUCUUGGUGGUCAGAACUCUCAAGCCGCCAUGUCUUCACCAGCUCUUCAUACCCAGAUUUUCAACCAGCCUGCUCUUAACCACCGUAAGAGCGCAGUUUUCAGUACAUAUGGUGCGCCGAUGCAGCAAGCUCCCUACGGCGCUUCGACUGGGAACUUGGGUGCGAUUAACGGCAUGGGCCCGUAUGGCGCCGGUGGCAUGAGCGUCUAUGGUGCAGGCAUGUUGCAGCCCGGUAUGCAAAUGCCCGGUCAGGGUGGCUCUUCCAACAGAAUCGAGCAGUGGCGUCAAGGCGUUCUCCCUUGA